GUCACAUUCAUCAAAAACUACACAAGUAUGUCUAAAUCAUCGAAGAUCCUCUCCGCGGUGUUGUACAGGCCCAACGACUUGAGGCUCGAGUCGAAAUGUUUGCCGGACAUGAAGUGCGACGAGGUACUGCUGAAAAUGGAGUGCGUCGCCAUCGGAAACUCCGACGUUGGUUACUUCAAAGACGGCAAGGGCAAGACUGGGGUGUACGAAAUAGACAAACCCAUGGUUCUGGGCUACCAAGGUGUUGGUAAGGUCAUGCAAAUGGGUAAGGAGGUAACCAACUUGAACGUCGGUGACAGGGUCGUCGUGGAACCCGGAGUGCCUUGCCGGAAGUGUGACUUCUGCAAAACCGGCAAGUACAACUUGUGUCCGUUCAUUAAAUUCUGCGGAACACCCAACGCUGACGGCCUAAUGAGGCAGCAUCACUGCCACGCCUCGGAUUUUUGCUACCAAAUCCCUGAUUGCAUCAGUUCCGAGGAAGGAGCCCUCACUGAAGUGCUGGCCUCGGCUAUUUACGCCUGCAAGAGAGGAUCGAUCACGUCCGGAAGCGUGGUCUGCAUCUUCGGCGCAUGUCAGCUGGCUUUGGCCUGUCUGAUGGUGUGCCGGAACUACGGCGUCAAAAAAAUCUUAAUGGUCGAUGAAAAUACAUCGAGACUCGAGAGGGCCAAGUGCAUUGGGGCGGACGCAAUCCUGGACAUUUCCAAACCGAUUUGCGAUGAAAUUUUAAUCCAAAAGAUACUUUGUGCGUUGAAGGAGGAGCCGGACGUGUGUCUGGAACUAACCGGGUCGGCGCAAGGCAUCAAAGUCGGCCUCAGGAUACCAAAAUCUGGCGGCACCUUCGUGAUUGUUGGCCUGGGGAAUGAGCAAACGGACGUGCAAAUCAACAUUAUCGCCUUAAAGGAGCUGAAGAUCAUGGGCGCCUACAAAUACACCAACAAUUGCUUCCGUGAGGCAAUAGACAUGAUGCUAAGCGGCAGGGCACCUUUAAAGAAGCUCAUAACCCACAACUACGAGCUGGAAGACGUGGUACAAGCCUUCAAAACCCUUAAGGCUAACUGCGGCAACCCCCUGGCGGUCAUAGUCAAGUGCAACCAGGACGACGACGAGUGCGAGAAGGAACAGAAGAGCAACCCCGUCUGCACCUGCGACAAGAACAGCCAAAUCGGCGAGCCCAGAGUGAACAGGCCCGUAGGAUCGACGUCCAGACCACAAACUUCAAGAGAUAUGACGCCGACCAGAUCUGCUUAUCCGUCGAGAAACGUGCAGGAGGACUGCGAGGUGAACAAGCUACGCGCCAGCACCUUCCCCAAAGGCGACUGCAACACCACCAGCAACGCUAGUAGCAGGGCCCCGUCAAUACCGCCAUCCAAUUCUUCAUCAGCAACUGGAUGCUUCUGUGAAUCGCAGCUGACUCUACAGGCAAAUCGUUUCCAGUAGACACGAUAGCAUUAGAUUGAAGCCAUGAAGGGUAAAAGGAUGAGUAACCACCAUUUAUUAUCUUCAGAAGUCUCUUUAGAAGACGCUGCAGCAACACCAGACGAGAAAAGGACCCCAACACCAACUUGUAUCAACUACACCAGCUAAACUGAAUAAAAAUGAGUGUGACAAA